AUGAUUGCAUAUAUUUUGUGCACCGCGUUGGCAGUCUUGCCCUUACUGAUUUACUUCCGGAAUCCUUAUUUUUUGAAAGAUUUAAGAUACACAUUUCUUUCCAUUUAUGUCGGUAUACGCAUGAGUAGAAUCAAGAAAAAGUUUUACAGUAUUUUAGAUCGUUUUCUGGACAAAGUGGCGGAGCAUCCGCAUAAGAAGUUCAUCGUUUACGAGGAAAGCUCCUACACGUACAGCCAAGCCGACAGAGAAAGCAACAAAGUGGCCAGGGCUCUGUUAACGCAUGCCCACCUCAAGGAGGGGGACACGGUAGCCCUCUUCUUGGGCAACGAGCCGUGGUUUGUAUGGAUCUGGCUCGCACUGUCCAAGCUGGGAUGCACAGCGUCCUUCCUCAACGUCAACAUAAGAUCCAAAUCCCUGCUGCACUGUUUCUCCUGCUGUGAAGCCAAAGUCCUGAUCGCUGGCGCUGACCUUCAAGGAGCAAUAGAGGAGGUGCUGCCCACUUUGAAGCAGCAGGGUAUCCGUGUGUUUAUCCUCCGUGAGCACUGUCAUGUGGACGGCAUCGAAAGCCUCUCUGACAAAAUUCAGAUGGAGUCAGACGAGCCCCUGUCCCCUCAGCUCAGGGCCAGCAUUAACAUCAAGAGUCCUGCGGUGUACAUCUACACAUCAGGAACCACAGGACUUCCAAAAGCAGCUGUGAUUAACCACGAGAGGGUUUGGAUGCCAGCUUUUGCCCUGACCUUUGCUGGUGUGUGCUCAGACGAUAUUGUCUACAUAUAUCUGCCUCUGUACCACACUGCUGGCUUUCUUAUGGGACUUUGUGGAGCUAUAGAAAGAGGCACCACUGUUGUUUUGAGAAGCAAGUUCUCUGCCUCCAACUUUUGGAAUGACUGUAGAAAGUACAAUGUGACUGUCAUCCAGUACAUAGGCGAGGUUAUGCGCUACCUCUGCAACACACCGAAGAGAGACAAUGACAAGGAUCAUAAGGUCCGACUGGCCGUAGGGAACGGAAUAAGGGAAGACACCUGGGUUGAGUUCCUGGAACGAUUUGGGAACAUUUGUAUCCGUGAAUGCUACGGAGCAACUGAAGGGAAUGUUGGCUUUAUCAACUAUGGUGGGAAAAUUGGAGCUAUGGGCAGAGAACAUUUUCUCUACAAAAUGGCAUGCAAAUAUGCCCUCAUAAGGUUUGACACAGAAAAAGAAGAGCCAGUCAGAGACUCUAGAGGAUUUUGUAUUGAAGUCCCAAGAGGAGAAACUGGUCUGCUUGUGGCAAAGAUUGGGAAAAGAACACCCUUCAGUGGUUAUGCCAAGGACAAGCAGCAGACAGACAAGAAGAAGCUAAGAGAUGUGUUCGAGAAGGGCGACGUGUACUUUAACAGUGGCGACCUUCUAAAGAUUGACGACGAGGGAUUCAUCUUCUUUCAAGACCGCAUUGGAGACACUUUCAGGUGGAAAGGAGAAAAUGUGGCAACCACAGAGGUGGCUGACCACCUGCUCACAGUUGACUUUGUUGAAGAGGCUAAUGUCUAUGGUGUGAAGGUGCCAGGACAUGAGGGAAGAAUUGGAAUGGCAGCACUGAAACUAAAAGAAAAUAUGGACUUUGAUGGCAAAGCUCUAUAUCAGCAUGUCAAAAACUACUUGCCCAGUUACGCGAGACCACGCUUCGUUCGCAUACAGGAUGCAUUGGUAGUGACUAGCACCUUUAAGCAGAUGAAGGUGAAGCUGGCAGAGGAAGGUUUUAACCCUGCUCUCAUCGAGGAUCCUCUGUUUUACCUGGAAGACAAUAAGGGCUACAUACCCAUGACUCAGGAGAUAUUCAACUGCAUUGCAGAAGGAAGACUCAGGCUUUAAACG